CCAGCAGCAAGACAGCUGUGUUUGAUCAUAAACCACUUAAACUCCAGGCUUACUGGCAGGGAAAACUUUAGCGUGAAGUGCAGCAUUGGUUCAUCUCAAAUGGAGGAGCUUUUCUCUCUUUUCCUUUCUCCCUCAUUGAAGACUGUAGCAGCACUUUCUUUUUAAUUUCUCCGUGAACUUGUAUGAAGCUCAUCAAAUUUUUCUGAGUACGUUAGUGGCAUUGGGAAAUGCUCUUAAACAGGGCUGUGGAAAAGAGCAGCACAGAACAAACAGCAGAGAUGAAGCACACCUUGGAGAUGGACUAAGACAGCCUUGGGAUCCUGGCAAGCAGUUCCUUCCCUGGAUUAUCUGAGCACUUCACAAUAUUAGCAAGUCUCUUGCAGCAAUGGAUUGUCUGUGAAGUCAAAAUCAAUUUGGCUCUUUUAGUAGAUUUUGCAUUGUUAAUUUAAACUGUCAGUGUGGAGUAUAAAUGGCUGUCUAGAGCAAAAUGUGUCAGACAUAAAAUUUUGGAAAAGAAAGUAUUGAAUCAGUUGAACAAAGCUUUGAAGCAUUAAAAUCUGCAGAAGUCAUCAAGCCCUGAGAAGUCUAAUCAUGAAUUCUGGAGUUGCUAUGAAAUAUGGAAAUGACUCCCCUGCAAAGCUGAGUGAGGCUGCGGUUGCAGACUAUGUGUUCAGACUAAGUUGAAAUGAUCUUCAUUUUGUCCUAAGCGUGGUCUCCUCACCACCCCAUUUCUGUCUCCUGCAUUACUGUUUGCUCUCUCACUGGGAGUGGAAGUGGCCACAGUUUCCUUCUGUGGAGACCAAAACCAAGGUUGAGCAUUCAUACAUGGUGCAAAGCCAGCUUCAUUUAGCAUCCCUGGCUUCAUUAAAGGGAGACAUAGUGGAGCUUAAUAAACGUCUACAACAAACAGAAGGGGAGCGUGACCUGUUGGAAAAGAAAUUGGCAAAAGCACAGUGUGAACAAUCCCAUCUAAUGAGAGAGCACGAAGACUUGCAGGAGCAAACGACACUACGCUACGAGGAAAGGAUCACAGAGUUGCACAGUAUCAUUGCUGAAUUAAAUAAGAAAAUUGAUCGACUACAGGGAGCAACGAUAAGGGAGGAAGAUGAGUAUUCAGAGUUGCGGUCAGAGCUCAGCCAAAGCCAGCAUGAGGUUAACGAAGAUUCAUGCAGCAUGGACCAGAAUUCUGUUUCAGUACCAGAGAAUCAGUCCACCAUGGUCGCUGCAGACGUAGAUAACUGUAGUGACUUGAAUUCAGAACUGCAAAGAGUGCUGACAGGUCUGGAAAAUGUUGUCUGCGGGAGGAAGAAAAGCAGCUGCAGUUUAUCGGUAGCAGAAGUGGAUAGACAUAUUGAACAACUCACUACCGCCAGCAAACAUUGUGAUUUAGCCAUUAAGACUGUGGAAGAGAUUGAGUGUGUACUGGGACGUGACCUUUAUCCAAAUCUGUCUGAAGAGAGAUCUCAAUGGGAAAAGGAGCUAGCUGGCCUGCGGGAAGAGAAUGAGAGCCUCACAGCCAUGGUGUGUAGCAAAGAGGAGGAGCUGAACAGGACCAAGGCCACCAUGAAUGCUAUUCGUGAAGAAAGGGACAGACUGCGUAGAAGGGUUCGGGAGCUGCAAACACGUUUACAAAGCGUACAGGCCACAGGCCCAUCCAGCCCAAGUCGUCUCACUUCUGCCAGUCGACCCAUUAACCCCAGUACCGGAGAGCUGAGCACAAGCAGCAGUAGCAAUGACAUUCCCAUAGCCAAGAUUGCUGAAAGAGUGAAGUUGUCAAAGACAAGAUCAGAGUCUUCAUCAUCUGAUAGGCCUGUCUUAGGAUCAGAAAUCAGCAGCAUAGGGGUGUCUAGUACUGUGGCUGAACAUUUGGCACAUUCUCUUCAAGACUGCUCAAACAUCCAGGAAAUAUUUCAGACUCUUUAUUCACAUGGAUCUGCUAUCUCUGAGAGUAAAAUCCGAGAGUUUGAAGUGGAGACAGAAAGAUUAAAUAGCCGCAUUGAGCACUUGAAAUCACAGAAUGACUUGUUGACAAUAACACUGGAAGAGUGCAAGAGCAAUGCUGAAAGGAUGAGCAUGCUUGUUGGGAAGUACGAGUCCAAUGCCACAGCCCUCAGGCUUGCAUUGCAGUACAGUGAACAGUGCAUAGAAGCAUAUGAGCUGCUGUUGGCAUUGGCAGAAACUGAGCAGAGUCUCAUUCUUGGGCAGUUCAAAGCUGCAGGUGUUGGUUCUGUUGGGGACCAGGCAGGUGAUGAAAACAUCACUCAAAUGCUUAAGAGAGCUCAUGACUGCCGGAAGACAGCUGAGAACGCAGCAAAAGCCUUGCUGAUAAAACUAGAUGGGAGCUGCGGAGGAGCCUAUGCAAUCACCGGCUGUAGCGUACAGCCCUGGGAAAGCCUGUCAUCCAACAGCCACACAAGUACUACCAGCUCAACUGCAAGCAGUUGUGAUACGGAAUUUACAAAGGAGGAUGAGCAACGACUGAAGGAUUACAUACAGCAGUUGAAAAAUGACAGAGCAGCAGUGAAACUGACAAUGCUGGAGCUGGAAAGCAUCCACAUUGAUCCCCUUAGUUAUGACGUUAAACCUCGAGGAGACAGCCAGAGGCUAGACCUGGAAAAUGCAGUCUUGAUGCAGGAACUUAUGGCAAUGAAGGAGGAGAUGGCAGAGCUUAAGGCACAGCUUUACCUGCUGGAGAAGGAGAAGAAGGCAUUGGAAUUGAAACUGAGCACUCGAGAGGCCCAGGAGCAGGCCUACCUAAUCCAUAUUGAGCACUUGAAGUCUGAAGUGGAAGAGCAAAAAGAAGAGAGGAUGAGGUCUCUCAGCUCAACGAGCAGCGGAAGCAAAGACAAACUGGGCAAGGAAGGCAGUGAUGGCACCGCAGCAGCAACAGCAUUAACACUAGGUGAGCUGAGUCCAUAUGAUGAGAGUGAAGUGACUGCUGAACUGACAAACGCACUGAGGCGGGAGAAGAAACUGAAGGCUAGAGUGCAAGAGUUAGUGAGUGCUUUGGAGAGACUCACCAAGAGCAGUGAAAUCAGACAUCAGCAGUCCGCAGAAUUUGUUAAUGACCUUAAACGGGCAAACAGCAACUUGGUAGGAGCUUAUGAAAAAGCAAAGAAAAAGCAUCAGAAUAAGCUGAAGAAAUUGGAAUCACAAAUGAUGGCCAUGGUGGAGAGACAUGAAACACAAGUAAGAAUGCUCAAACAAAGAAUAGCUUUACUAGAAGAAGAGAAUUCUAGACCACACACCAAUGAAACUUCACUUUAAAUGCAUCUCCUUCAAAGAUGCUUAGUGCCAUUACAAAUUUGUUUCUUUUGGAGGCUGACUUAGGUAGCUUGAAACGCUGAAAGCCCUGACUCUCAAUGCUGACACAGUAAGAACCUGCUCUGGGAUCCCAGAGAGGUGUUAUGGGGAUAAUGUGUUAACCUUAAGGACUGUUUUGCAAUGUAAAAUGGCAGUGCCUGAAUUAUCAUGCUAUAAUUAUAUAUGUUGUCUGUGUCAUUAUGUCUGUAUUCUUACAGCUUCUCUUCCAUUUUAAAUGUCCCAUGGGUGACAGUGUCACACAGUAAUUCUUAACAGAGUUUUCAAUUUGGGCAGUUUGGAGGUAAUUUGAGUUUUCACAAUCCCUGUGCUCCCUCUGCACACAACA